AUGGCAAAGUCUUGGACAGUACUUGGCCUAUUCUUCAUAACAGCUUUUACAUCUUAUGUCUCAGGUUUGGUGAUAGUCACUUCCUGUGAUGCGUGCCAUAAGCAUGCCUCCUGUGCACCUGUUCUGAAGAAAUCUCCCCCUCAGGCUGAUUCCUUUCCAGACACAUUCACCUGCUUCUGCAUUGAGGGUUUCUCCGGCAAUGGCAUCACCUGCUAUAACAUCUCGGCAUGUAGUACACUUGGGGCCUCCUGUUGCACUGAUGGGUACCACUGGUCUGAACAUGGCUGUAUUGACAUUGAUGAGUGUUCUAAUGAGAAGAAUCCCUGCUCUGCUCCACUACAGUGUAAAAAUACACCCGGGUCUUUUGCCUGUCUGCCCCCGGUUGCUUACACUAAAGAUACCAUGCUAAAUGUUGAGCUAGCCUCUAACCAACUGAGCUGUGGGAGUGAGGUGUGCAGCUCAGGUCAGGACUGCAUCAGUAUAAAUGGAGCUCUCCGCUGUGCCGAUCCCUGCCAGCAAUACACCAUUUUGGAUGACUCAUGGCGAUCCACUGACUAUAAGAUAAAUGAUACAGUGCACUGUGAUGUGGGCAUCAACUGGCAUGGCUGGUACAGGAUGUACCUGGGCAAUGCCAGUGUCUGGAUGCCUGAGAGAUGCAUCCCACCCAACACUUGUGGCACAAACGCCCCGAUUUGGCUCAAGACCCCCCCUCCGUCACCGUCAGAAGGUGUGGUGCAGGCCACUGUGUGUGCGAGCUGGUUGCCAGGCUGCUGUACCUUUCAGUUCUCCAUUGGUGUCAAAGCCUGCCCCGGAAACUACUACGUCUACAAGUUUGUCUCACCACCUCUAUGCUUCUUGGCAUAUGCAGCAGAUGCCAACUCAGCAGUGUGUGACACCUGCAAGAAGGGAGAGAGCUGUGUCAGUGCAAACAAGAUCACCUGGACGUGCAAGGCUCAAGCUCCAGACCCAGUGCGGCUUGCGGGCAGCAGUAACAGAUGUGAGGGCAGAGUGGAGCUGUACCAUGAUGGUCAGUGGGGUAUGGUGUGUGACGAUGGCUGGAACAUGAAGAAUGCUGAGGUGGUUUGUAGGCAGAUAGGUUGUGGGAAGGCCAUUUCCGCACCCAUGAAUGCAUUCUUCAGCCCUGGAACUGGCCCCAUCUGGCUGGAUAAUACAAACUGCACGGGUAAUGAGGCCUACCUGGUAGACUGCAGCCACAGUGGUUUUGAGAAUCACAGCUGUGGUCACCAUGAGGAUGCUGGAGUGAUUGCCAAGUACAUAUCUCUCUCAGAUGCAUCCCCUGAGCUGGUGUGUAACAUGACAACGAUGUUGGUGGGGGUUCCAAACAACUUCAGAUCCCUUGACCCUUCAUCAGGUCAUCUGGCAGACCCAAGCUGCACAGCUAGUCAUGAGGCCAAUGGCACUGUGUGGUACGAGGUGCAAAGCCAAGCAGGCAUGUGUGGAAAUGUGCUGAGGACAAACAGUACCCAGGCAAUCUACUCCAAUAUUUUAUACCUCUACCCUGUAAAUAUUUCUACAUUCGUACUUCCCACGGCAUUCCCCUUCUCCUGUGUUUACUCCCUGGACUCUCUCACAAGCUUGGAUCUGGCAGUGAAACCCUUUCUGCCGAUGCAGGAGUCAGGUCUGAUUGGUUUCGGCCCCAGUGCCCAUGCCUCCAUGUCCCUGUUCCAUGAUGACAAGUUCAUAUCAUCAUAUCCGCCAGGGCCUGUAACACUACCUGCUGGCAUGCCACUCUAUGUGGGUAUGACUGUGCAGGAGGUGGAGUCUACUCGCUUCAAUGUGGUUAUGGAGGAGUGCUAUAUUAUGGAUACACCAGAUGCCAAUAGCACUGAGAGAUAUUAUCUUAUUCAAAACCGUUGUUCCAGUAACCCACGUGAUGUGACAGUGAAUGAGAAUGGUGUGUCUCAGAGUGCACGCUUCACUGCACUGCUCUUCCUGUAUGAGGGCAACUAUAAUGAGAUGUUCCUGCAAUGCCACUUCACCCUGUGUGAUAAAACAACUGAGUCUUGCUCUGCGAAGUGUCAGACCAGAGCCACUCGCUCCAUCUCCAACCACGAGUUUCUCACCAUCGGGCCAAUUACCUGGAUCAAAGAAGGACAGUAACCUGAUCUACACAGGACCAUCCUAUUCAUGAUAAAUGUCCAUGUUUCUAAGGACCAAAUGUGGCUGAAAUUAUUAGAGACACGUAACUGCAUGAUGAAAUGGCUCGGGGGAUAGGGAGUAAUUUACAGUGUUUUGGCACACAAGGAAUAGAAUUAGGAGUGUGCCAAUAUUGAAUAUUCCAAUCAAAAUCAUUGCCUAAACUUUAA